UCCGGGAGCCAGCGGGGAAGAAAGAAGCCGAGCGGGCGGAAGGCGCCUUCCCCGCCGCCUGGGCCCGGGCACCGGGUGCCGGGCGCCGAGUCCUUCCCGCUUCCCGCGGUCGCCGGUCGCUUUGUUUCCCCCGCCUCUGCGCUCCGGGCUACUCGAGAGGGGCUCCCGCCGGCUCUGCCUAGGGAACGCGGCGGCAGGAAGGGCGGCGGAACGCGCAGGGACUCGCAGGGACCCAGGAGUCCGGCCGCCGGGAGGGCCGCGUGACGAGAUCGAGGCGGGAGUCAGAGCUUCGCGGCCCACGGGUGCGGGCCGGGGGCGCCCGUGAGCGGAGACCUCCCCGUCGAGGGGGGGCGAUGUUCCCCUCGUCCGUGGGUUCUUCGGGCAGCCAGGGCAUCCCGCCGCUGGGACCAGGGCCCCCUCAGUGGGCACCCCCCUAGGAGGUUCCAUGGAGACUCUGUGCCCCGCGCCCCGCCUUGCAGUGCCGGCGUCCCCGCGAGGGUCGCCCUGCGCCCCCACACCUAGGAAGCCGCGUCUGGGGACCCAGGAGUUCUCUCCGCUGUGCCUGCGUGCCCUCGCCUUUUGCGCCCUUGCCAAACCCCGGGCGUCCUCUUUGGGCCUGGGGCCUGGGGAGCCGGCGCCGCGGGCUCCGUUGCUGCUCGGCCCUCGCGCCUCCCUGUGCACCGGCGGCUGGGCCCCGGAUGGCCUGAAACACCUCGCGGGACAGGCCGGGCGGUCCAGCGUUCCGAGCUCCCCGGCCGGCCAGGAUGCCGACGCCGCAGUGUGCCGGGGCCGCGGUGAAGAGGAAGAGGGCGGAGGCAGUUUCCCGCACUUAGGCGCUCGCUCUGGCGGACCUCCCGGCCGCUGCCCGGCGCCCCGGAGCCCUCGGGAAUCUCUGACCAGCUCCGCCCCGGCUCCGCCUCGGCCAGCCCCGGGUCUUGAUUCUCAGCUUGGCUCCGCCGCCGCCAGCCCACAUCGGGAGCCCGAUUCCCGGCCUUCUCCGCCACCUGCGAGCUUCUCCUUCGAGCCCGCGGGGCCUGGGACCGUGCCGGAGCCGCCUCUGCCGGGCCGGACGGCUGCAGUCGACGGAGCCCCCACGCAGGCCGCCCCCGAGGCACCCGCCGCCAGCCCCUCGACGGCCAGCGGAGCUCCGACCGCGCCCGGCAAUCUCCGCCAGGAACAUUUCGAUCGUCUGAUCCGCCGGUCGAAACUUUGGUGUUACGCGAAGGGCUUCGCCCUCGACACUCCGAGUUUGCGCAGGGGGCCCGAACGGCCGCCCGCAAAAGGGCCCUCCCGGGGAGCCGCCAAGAAACGCCGACGGCCGGCGCCCCCCCCGCGCAACGUGCAGCUCCGCCGCCCUGCACCGACGCUUCCCACCACCAGCACCUUCAGCCUCCUCGACUGCUUCCCCUGCCCCCCGGCCCUGGUCGUGGGCGAGGACGGAGAUUUAGGGCCAGCUUCCUCGCUUCGCCUCCAGGGAGGCGCUAAGCCCCCUCCUGCCCACCCCCUGUGGAGGUGGCAAAUUGGGGGUCCCGCUGUCCCUGAGCCCCCUGGCGUCAAAUUCUGGGGGAUCAACCUGGAGGAACUCUGAGCGUGAUAACCUCUUCUGCCAAGAGGGAAAAGUUGGGGUCACAGCCCAACUGCUGGCUGGUUUCUCCCAUUUGCCUGACCUGUUUAUGUUUUAUGGGCUGUGGACAGAGGGACCUCCAGUGACAGUGAUCUUCAAGCACCUAACUGGUUGGGGUGACACCCCCUCCCCCUCAUCCUUUCGAGACCAACUGAGGGCUGCAGUCAGGAGAAGAUUUAACGGAAAAGGACCCAAUGACACAGAUCCAGCCCCUCCCCUCCGCCUUCUCGGAUCGCUGGGGGCAGUGCCUUCACCCCAGGGGGAGUAAAGGAGGUUGCUGCUGGAAGACAAGGCAAAA